AUCAUCUCAGGCGGGACACAUGUUGUAACUACACGGUGUCGUGUCGUUUACACGCCUGGCGCACGUUUUACCGCUCGUGAUUUUCCAUACGUGCCGCAGGGGCUAUAGGCUCUCCCACACGCACGCGCGGAUCGACGUCGGGACGCCACUCGAUGUCAGGGGUGCAGAUCCUGGCGCUCCUGGGGGGCCUGGUGGGACUGGGGGCCACCAUUGGGGCCACGGUGUCCAACGAGUGGAGGGUGACCAGCAGGGCCUCCUCUGUCAUCACCGCCACCUGGGUCCUCCAGGGACUCUGGAACAACUGUGCCGGGAACGCGCUCGGAGCGCUGCACUGUCGGCCCCACCACACCCUGCUGAAGCUGGACGGCUACGUCCAGGCUUGCAGAGGAUUGAUGGUGGCAGCUGUGUGCCUGGGGUUCUUUGGCUCGGUGUUUGUCCUUGUUGGGAUGAAAUGCACAACCAUCGGAGGAACUGACAAGAGCAAAGCCCGGCUGGCCGGUGUCGGUGGUGUAAACUUCAUCCUAAGCGGGCUGUGCUCGCUCUCAGCGUGCUCUCUGUACGCUCACCGGAUCACCGCAGAGUUCUUCGACCUCGUGUCGGUGUCUCAGAAGUACGAGAUGGGGCCCGCGCUCUUCGUCGGCUGGGCGGGGGCCCUCCUGUGUCUGGCCGGAGGGGUGACGCUCUUCUUCUCCAGUGUGGGCUCCUGCACCGACAGGCGGCCCCAGUCCAGGUACGUCUACAAAGGGGCGGGGACUCAGUCCCAUGUGACGUCGGCCACCCGGGAGCCCCUGAGGCCGGCCGGCCAGAGGCCCCCCCACCCCAAGGGCAGCACCUCCUCCGGCACCAAGAACUUUGACAAGAGCGUCUACGUGUGAGAGGAGCCCACCACUUUAAGGGGGUUCUUUACUUUAAAACUUUUUUUUUAAUGUUUUUUUGAAACAAUUAAAUUGUUUGAUAGUUAAAGUGUGAAACACUUUCAUGACAUUCGGAUGACGAUAGAUGCUGUCGAUUUGCAUAUUGUGGUCCAAUAUUGUACAUGCUGCAAAUUGUAUAAAGAUACGUAUGUAAUAUAGUUUACUCUCUAAUCGUUUUCUAGAUGCAGUACUUUUCUAGAAGACGGCUUUCUCAAAUAGUUCCUUUG